AUGUCCGCCGCCGCCGCUGCCGACAAACCCGAAUAUGACCCCGAACAGUCGGGCGUCUACCUCGUCUGCUCCAUGUGCGGAACCCAAUUUCCGACUACGGACCGGGAUGCCCUUAAGACGUGUUAUAUAUGCGAUGAUCCGCGUCAGUACACGCCGGGGGCGGGACAGUCCUUUACGACGCUGGACGAGAUCCGCAGCGGCGGAAAGUACCAGAACAAAUUUCAGCCUCUGUUCUCUGCCAAAGAUGGAGAAACAGGAGACCAGUCCGCCUUCAUCUCCAUUGUCACGGAGCCCAAACUCGCCAUUGGGCAGCGCGCCAUCUUGAUCCGCACGCCCGCCGGCAACGUGCUCUGGGACUGCGUGACGCUGCUGGACGCGGCGACCGAGGCCAAGAUCCGCGAGCUCGGCGGCCUGGCCGCCAUUGUCAUUUCGCACCCGCACUACUACUCGACGCACGCGGCGUGGGCUCGCGCCUUUGGAGACUGCCCCGUCUACCUGGCGUCCGAGGACCGGCGGUGGACGACGCUCGCGUGCCCGCAGCAGGUCUUUUUGGCAGAGGACCAGACCGACUUUGACGUGCCGCUUCCCGGCUCGACGUCGUCCCCCGGGAUCAAGAUCCUGAAGCUCGGAGGUCAUUUCCCCGGCUCGCUGGUCCUGCUGUAUCAGUCCCGGCUGCUUAUUGCCGAUACUCUGUACACCACGCCGGCGGGGCUCGGUAACUGGGAUAUUGAUGCCUUGGGCGCGGCGCGCGAAGGCGGGCGGCCGCCUGGUCUGAAUAGCUACAGCUUCAUGUGGAGCAUCCCCAAUAUGAUUCCACUGGCUCCAGACGAGAUUGAAAGGAUGUGGAGUGUGCUCAAGAAGCAUGGAUACAUCAGCACGCAUGGAGCCUUUGUGGGCAUGGACAUAAUAGGAAAGGAUACGGCUGAAAUGAGAAAGAGGAUCUUGGAUAGUAUGCACAUUCAAAUUCGCUAUAUGGGUUAUGGAAACCAUACUCUCUUGGCGGAAAAGUGA